CCCUUCUGCUCCCUGAUCAAUGGACCUUAUUUGAAUAAUCUGUGAGCUCUUGGCCUCAAGCCAAUCAGCUGUCAGGGACCCAUGAUAAAUCGCAAUGCAUUAUUGAUAAUCAUAAUUACUCUGACAUGCGCAUUCCAGUCCCGGGAGUAAUUUCCCAACUCUAGGAAUUUGUUGUGAAGAAGCAGAAAAUAAUUGCUACUAUUUCGCUCCCGAUGCGGGUGCACCAUGUCGAGGCGCAAGCAGGCGAAGCCGCAGCACAUCCAUUCAGACGAGCAGCCGCCCCCGGAUGUAGCAAAUGGGAGUCUACAAGACGACCCAGGUGACCGAGAAGGUGAAAUGAGUUCCAAAAGGUGCCGAACAGAUGAAACCAAUGUGUGUGAGAAAUGCUGUGCGGAGUUCUUCAACCUCUCCGAAUUCCUUGCGCAUAAGAAAAAUUGCACUAAAACGCCGCCUGUCCUAAUCAUGAAUGAAGGGGAGGGAGCGAUGCCCUUGGAGGACUUCCCCAACAGCUCCUCAGAGCGUUUCCCGAACAAUCGGAUGGACAGGACCAUCAAGGACAGUCAUGCCAAAAGCUGCUCUGGUUCUGUGGAAGAGAGAGGAGAGAAAGCUGGCGCCGAGCCAGUGGGAGGGAUGUACCUAAAAACGGAGCCCUCUGUUGCCCCUGCGGCUCAUGGUUUAAGCUACUUACCCAAACCUAAAGUACCCAACACUAAUGUAACUUUGCAAACUAUCCGUGGCACUAAAGUGGCCGUCAACCAGUGUACCUCUGAGAGUCUUUCUCCAUCAGCAGCCAGCCUCCACGCUAUCCCAAUGAUCCUCGAGCAACUUGUGUGCCUCCAGCAACAGCAGCUCCAGCAGAUCCAACUAACAGAGCAAAUCCGCAUCCAGAUAGCCAUGAUGGCUCCCCACAUUCUUCACCCUUCCAUAGCUGCUGCUGCAGACCCUCUCAAAGCUUUGGGUGCUCACAUGUCCCAGCAACUCUCGGCUGCUGUUGCUUUAAUUGGACAGAAAGCUGGGAACCAAAGCCUAUCACUGGAAUCCUUGAAACAAGGCAAACUACCUCACUCGAACGUUGGCAUUCCAGCAGCCAUCUCCAUGGCUGCUGGUCUUGCGCCUUCCAUUUCCUUGAAGCCUGAGGCAAACCGGGGCCUGCCAAGCUCCAUGUCCCGCUUCCCAAGCCCUUUGCUACCUCAAUCGUCCAGCCCGGUCAUCUUCCAAAACCCGCUUCCUGCUGUUUCCCCAGUGGUUGACACCGCAAAGAAAGGGAAAGGGAAGCUGCCGGCAGCAAAUGCGUCUGAAAACAAACUGAAUACGGAAGAAGCCUUCUUCAAACACAAGUGCAAAUUUUGCGGCAAGGUCUUCGGCAAUGACAGUGCCCUGCAGAUCCAUCUGCGGUCCCACACUGGCGAAAGGCCGUACAAGUGUAACAUUUGUGGCAACCGCUUUACAACCAAAGGGAACCUGAAAGUGCAUUUCCAGCGGCAUAAAGACAAGUACCCUCACAUCAAGAUGAAUCCCUAUCCAGUUCCUGAACACCUAGACAAUGUGCCCACCAGCAGUGGCAUACCCUACGGGAUGUCUGUCCCACUGGAUGAGUCAAACUUGAUUGUGGAUACCAAGCCUAUUUUGACCUCCCUGCCUGCUUCCAUAGGUAUUGGCUUGCCUCCUCAUCUACCAAACAUCAAGGAUUCUCUCGCAGGCAUGCUUGCGAGUGAUGUACACAUGCAGCCUAGGCCUUCUCCAGAAAGCGAAGGUGGUUCUUCAUCAGGGACGGCCAGUCAGGAGUCAGGAAUGGAACCGAGCCAGAGUUCCCCACAAGCCGGCUGCAGCACGAGUGCCUUCCAACCGGGCAGAGCUGGCGAACAAGGUUCAGAAACAACCAAACUGCAGCAGCUGGUGGAGAACAUUGACAAGUCCACGGCCGACCCCAAUGAGUGCCUGAUAUGCCACCGAGUCCUCAGCUGCCAGAGCUCCCUCAAAAUGCAUUACCGGACCCACACUGGUGAGAGGCCCUUUAAGUGCAAGAUCUGCGGCCGUGCGUUCUCUACCAAAGGCAACCUCAAGACGCAUUAUGGCGUCCACCGAGCAAACACUCCGUUGAAGAUGCAGCACUCCUGCCCCAUCUGCCAGAAGAAGUUUACAAAUGCGGUGGUGCUGCAGCAGCAUAUCCGUAUGCACAUGGGGGGACAAAUUCCUAACACGCCAGUCCCAGAAAACACAUGUGACAGUAUUGACGUGGAAGGUGCUGCAGCUGAGAAGAAUGGAGAGCCAUGCUGUACAGAUGAGAAUGUAGAAAGCAUGGAGACAACAGGAGACCUGGAAUCGCGGGAUGGUCCAAGCCACUCUUCUAAGCCACCCACUCCUUGCGAUACCCAUCCUGAUCCUUCCAGCUCGGUUUUUUCAAGCCUCUCAGUGCUGGAAAACCAGAUGAAGAUUGUCAACUCAGCCCUGACCUUACAGCGUCAAAGCAGCCUGAAGUCCAGUGACAACGGCUCAGCGGAGAGUGAUGGCACAACUAAUGAUUCUUCCUCGGUAGUGGGUGACCCAGACUAUCAAAAUGGCAGCCGGAGCCCCGUUGCUUCUGAAUCAGCUUCAUUCCUGGCAUUAUCUCCAGCCAACAGUCAAGCAGAGAGCACCAGAUCCAAGUCUCCGGGUUUUAACAUCCCAGAAAACGGCGUUUCAGGAAGCAAGUCUGACGGUCCUGAAAUCCAUCCUGUAGAAAGAGAUAGUGCUUUGGAUCUAACGUAUGGCAAUAUUGGUCGAAAGGUUAUUAAAGAAGAGCCUGGCCUACACUUCCAAAAUGGAGAGUAUGGCCGAAACAGUGUCCAUGCGGCUUUUAUCCGAGCGCCACCAGCUCUCAUCAAAAUGGAAAUUCCCCUUGAUCGCCCUAUCGGUGGAAGCCAUUUUAUUGGCCCCCCUACAUUGUCUCCUGGUGUCCCUCCUCUUCUGGUGCCAACCCCUCGCCGUACUGCUAAACAGCAUAUCUGCACUACUUGUGGCAAGAAUUUUUCUUCAGCAAGUGCUCUUCAGAUUCACGAACGGACUCAUACAGGUGAAAAGCCAUUUGCAUGCUCCAUCUGUGGAAGAGCUUUCACCACGAAAGGGAACUUGAAGGUCCACGUUGGAACUCAUAUGUGGAACAACUCAGCCAGGCGUGGAAGAAGACUUUCCAUUGAUAAUCCCAUGGCUUUGCUCGGCAGUGACCCAAAGAAGGCAUCAGAGAUCUUUCCUAAGGAUGUUGUGCCCCAGUCGGUCAACCUUGAUCCUGCAGCAUGGAACCAGUAUGCAGCAGUACUGAGCAACGGCUUAGCCAUGAAGACCAAUGAGAUCUCUGUGAUUCAGAGUGGCGGAAUACCUCCUCUUCCAACUACAAUUGGAGGAGGUCCAACAAUCAAUAUUGCCAUGAAUUCUGCCACAGUCUCCAAGAUAGAUGUUUCUCAGUCUGCCAUUGGCUCAGAGAUGGAGAAGCCUAACAGUGCGGCUGCAGGCAGUGUGCCAAAACACCAAUUUCCUCAUUUUAUGGAGGAGAACAAAAUCGCUGUCAAUUAAAACCAGAUAACAGAUAGGAGGCAAAAUGGAUUUACAAAAAGAUAUAACUGUACAAGUAUAUAUAAAUCUAUAUAUUUUUAAGAGAUUACACCUCAAGUAUCCUUAUUUUCCUAUCAAUGUGCAAAUGAUUCUGUGGUUGUCUUUGUCAAGAGUUGCCCAGAGUACAAUCAUGUCAUUGUUUUGCGCAAAAAAAAGGUGAAACCAGUUUAGAAUUCUUUUCUGUAUUGGAAAGAUGCGGGUCUUGCAAAGUAGUUUUUACACUUGUGACUUUAAUGUGUAAAGCCUUACAAGUUUUACAACAUGAAAUUCCAAAGGUGAUAACAUUUACCUCCUCCGUUGCUGUGGUUGCUUAGGUAGAAACCAUGGGUUACUCUUGAGUGGAGUAGAAUCCAAUCUAUUGGUCAUCAAGUAAAACCAGGGGCUUUGGAGGUCCUGUAAUUCACAUAUGAUACACGGAAAUUUAAUUAUGCGGGUAAAUAUUCUAGAACACCAUCCUUUUUGAAUAGUACCUCCCCCCCUCCCUUGUGGUGGUUUUUGAAUGUAAUAUUACUUGUCAUACGUGCCGGUUCCAUUUAUUGCAGAAGACUGCUGUUCAAAGACAAAUGUAUGCUUUUAAAACUGGCUCUCUUGUGACAUCUCAAAUAUCCUGUAUUAAUGACUGCUGCUUAUUUAAAUACUACUUGGACACGCACAUGUGGCUUGAAUGAUAGUGCCAAAAUUCUGACUUGGUGCAGGGUCUUUCGUUGUUGUUGCUUUUUCCCCCCCUCACAUAGGUAGAGAAGAUGUGCUGGGAGAGAGCUUGCACCGGAAAACCAGAACAAGCAAUGGAUUAGAAACGUUGUGUAUAUACUGUUGAAAGGGAAUCUGGUCUUUCAAAGGUUAGGUUUUGAAUGUUCUGCUAGGAAUCUCAGGUGACUUGUGUUGUGGUUCCCUUGGCAAGAGGAAACCCUUCCUCAUUCAUGCAUCUUUGUAGGCUUUUUUUUUUAAGUGGAGAUGAAUCUUUGUCUAAAUCUGUAUUUAAAAAUGAAGUAUGCGCUUAGGUUUCAUAUGCUUUGGUGGGUGGCGUGUUCUUCUCUUGACGACAUUUCUAUUUGGGGCAUCUAGGACGCAGUCUACAAGAAGACUCUUCUUGCAUAAACUCUGUGCUGUCCUGUGCAGUUUUUCAACAUGGCUUGUACAGGAACACUUCCCCAGGUCCCUAAGUAUUUUUUUUCUCUUGAUAUUUUGUGUGUGUUUGCAUUGACAUAAAACCCUGAUGGCGUCUGUAAUUGUAUUGUAUGAAGGUUAUUGGGAUGGCCCUCUGGAUUCUAAGUUAUCUACCUCAUGAUUUUUGUUGUUCUUUUUUUUUUUGUAGUGCUAAGUAUCUAUUUUUCUGUUUUAAAAAAAUAACCACUGUAUUGAACUUGAGAUCCAAGCAGAGGCUCCCAUGCACUAUUUUGAACCAAAACGUGAUGUACUGGUGGCAGUGGUCUGCAGCUGUUGUAAACUUGUGUUGUGGCUUUUUUUGUUUGUCUUUCUUUUACCCCCUCACCCAACCCUCAGUUAUUCUCAUUGGGUUUGCAGGUGCCCUCUGUGUGUUGAUGUUAAGCUACAUUGGAAAACUCAGCUAAAGGACUUGAACAGAAAUGUGGCUUUUCCCACCCCACCUCAGGCAUCAGUCCAGCUUUGCUCACGUGGAAGGCCCAGAGUGCGAAUUUAAUUUAAGAUGUUGCAAUUGUAAUGUGGUUGCACCUGAAUUGCUUUCUGUGUAUUUUCAGGGGUGAGGGGGGGGAGAGGAAUCUCUCUUCUUGCUUAGGAUCAGUUUUGGUUUUUGUUUUAUUUUUUUGCCAAGGUGUGCCUUUCCUACUAGACUUUGUAAGUAAGAACACAACCUGUUUACACUGUAAAAUGGAUCUUGUUACAAUGGAAUAUGCCAAAGUUGCAUCCCAAACAUUGUGUCUCUUCUGCAUUGUGAAUGUAUGGACUUUUAAUGAAAUUCUGCGUAGUUUUUCUUCCUUUUUUUUUUUUUACAAAUAUCUACUGAUGCAUUUCUGUUGAUGCAAGAAUAAAUCUGGGAUGACUUUUUCACA